ACUUGUUGUAACCUAAACAACAUUUUCAAUUCUCAAUUGCAAAUUUCAAUUAUCUCUUGUACUGCAAAUCAAUUGCUCAAUCCAUUGAUCUCCUCAUCUAACAUUAAUUUUCCUUAUCAUGUCAUUCGAACUGUUUCUCACUACUGAUGAUUUUUCAGGUUAUGAAGAUCCUGAAAAGUAUAAGAGGGAUUGGCUCCCCAAAGUAGAAAAGUAUAGACAAGACUUGGAAGAUGGUUUACUUUCUGAAUAUACUGCUGAGUUGCCAGCUUCAAUUGAUGUCUUAGCCUCCAAAGGAUUCAACCCUUUGAAAUACUUGUAUGACGCAAAAUUAUUGACUGAGGAAGAAUUCAAAAUUACAGACACUCCUGCAAGUGAACUUGUUGAGAAGUUGGCAAAGGGUGAGUUGACUGCAGUUCAAACUCUUAAGGCAUUUGCUCACAGAGCUAUUAUUUCCCAUCAAUUCACCAAUUGUGCUUUACAACUUUUUGUUACCGAAGGGUUGGAAAGAGCUCAAUACCUCGAUGAUUACUACAAGGAACAUGGUAAGCCAAUUGGUCCACUUCAUGGAAUUCCGAUAUCCUUGAAAGAACAAAUGGACUACAAGGACAAGAUCACUCAUGGUAGUUAUGUUUCUAAGAUUAUAAAUAUUCCAGGAAAACAUGGUGUUACAACCCAAAUUUUGGAAAACUUGGGAGCUGUGUUUUACGUGAGAACUAAUCAACCCCAAACUUUGAUGCAUUUGGACUCCAAUAAUAACUUCAUUGGACUUUCAAAGAACCCAUUCCACUUAGGAUUAUCAUCUGGUGGAUCAAGUUCUGGGGAAGGGUCAAUUGUGGGAUUUGGUGGGUCUGCUAUUGGUGUUGGAAGUGAUAUUGGUGGAUCAAUUAGAGCACCAGCUGCAUACUCUGGUUGUCAUGGUUUGAGACCAACAACCAGAAGAAUAUCUACAAAUGGUGGUAUCUCAGGUGGUGCUGGGCAAGAAAGUGUUCCAGCUGUUGCUGGACCAAUGGGUCGUUCUAUUGAGGACUUAGAAUUGUGGAUGAAGACUUAUAUUAAUGAUGGUAAGCCAUGGGAAUUGGAUCAAUGGUGUAUUCCAUUGGCCUGGAGAGAUGUGCCUAAGCCAAAGCCUACUGAUUUGACAAUCGCAGUUAUGUAUGAUGAUGGUUUGGUGAAAACCACACCACCAAUUGCCCGUGGUUUGAAAGAAACUGUUGCCAAGUUGGAAGCUGCAGGUGUCAAGGUGAUCACUUUUGAACCUAUAAAAACAAAAUUGGCUUAUGAUACCGUUCACAAGAUGUAUGCAUGUGAUGGUAACUACAAGCAAAGAGAGUUAUUAUCUGCAUCUGGUGAGCCAUUGGCCAAAUUAACCAAAUGGAGUUUGAGUUAUGGUGAUGGUGCCAAAUCAUAUUCUGUGGCAGAAAACAGAAAGUUGAACAUUAUCAGAGACUCGUUAAGACAAGAAUACACUGACUACUUGAUUGACAACAAGGUUGAUUUUAUUUUGAGUCCAACUUACAACAACGUUGCCCCAAAGCCUGAACAAGUUUACAAUUGGUCGUACACUUCCUUGUUCAAUAUCUUGGAUCUUCCAACUUUAACCUUCCAGACUGGACUUUUCCAAGAUCCAACAAAGGAUGUUUGGGACGAAAGUCACGCUUCCUACACUUACAGAAAUGAAUUAGAAAAGUUGGAAUGUCUGACAUAUGACCCAGAAGCAUUUGCUGGUGCACCAAUUGGUUUUCAAUUGUCAGGGAGAAGAUACUUUGAUGAAGAAGUAAUUGCUGCUGGUAAAACGAUUGUUGAAAUCUUGGACGUUAAUUUGUUCAAUUUAUUUUAGAAUUGUUGUCAUUGGUGAUGAUGUAGUGUAAAUACUAUUAGGAAGCGAUAAAUAUAUACAUAAAACCA